AUGUCGCCCUCCAACCCCAUCAUCCCUGGUUUCUCCCCCGAUCCGUCCAUCGUCAAGGUUGGCGAGUGGUACUUUCUUGUCAACUCCACCUUUCACAUGUUUCCUGGUAUUCCCGUCUACGCCUCGAAGGAUCUUGUAUCGUGGAAGCAUAUCGGAAAUGUUAUUAGUAGACCGGGGCAGGUUAUUCUGAAACAAUCAGACACCGAAGUCAACCGUAUGCCAGAUGUUGGAGAAGUCAUGCUCGCGACUGGUGGUCUCUUUGCUCCAACCAUUCGCUACAACAAUGGCACUUUCUACGUUGUCUGCACGAAUGUUGUGAGAGCAACGGAGGAUACUCGGUAUUCUCUGCAGAACUUUAUUGCCACCACCACGGAUAUCUGGUCAGGCCAGUGGAAUGACCUCAUCUGGUAUGACUUUGACGGCAUUGAUCCCAGCAUCUUGUUUGAUGAUGAUGGAAAGACAUAUAUCCAAGGCUCCAAGGCUCCUGGUCCUUAUACCAGAAUCGCUCAGUUUGAGAUUGACAUUGAGACGGGCAAGAAGUUAUCAGAGGAAAAGAUCCUCUGGGAAGGUACAGGAGGCGUUUACCCCGAGGGCCCGCAUAUUUACAAGCGAAACGGCUGGUACUGCCUCAUGAUUUCUGAGGGCGGAACUUAUGAAGACCAUAUGAUCACCAUGGCUCGAUCCCGCGAUGUCUGGGGUCCUUACGAGCCAUGUCCCAAUAACCCCAUCUUAGUCCCGGCGAGCAAAGACAUGUAUGUCCGUCAUACAGGCCACUGCGACGUGUUUGAGGAUGAGAACGGCCAGUGGUGGGGAGUUCUUCUCGGAGUGCGCAGAGAUAAAGACGGAAGAUACAACAUGGGAAGAGAGUCGCAUCUCACGCCUGCAAAGUGGACCGAUGAUUGGCUCCGUCUUGAAUCCGUCGAGGCUGUGAUCAAUACAUCCCGACUUGCAAGUGUCAACGCAGUGCAGGGAUUGACAGCAGUGGAGGGCGUGGAUUUCCUGUACAUCCGAGACCCAAUUUUGGAGAAAUACAAGAUUGACAGUGGCAGCAAGACGAUCAGUGUAACCUCGUCGUCUGUCGAUCUAUCGCACCCACAGGAAUCUCCCAGUUUUGUCGGUAAGCGACAGCGUCUACACGCAGGGCAAAGCAGCGCAACCUUCAAGCUCAACACAUCUUCAAAGAUCAAGACCGGUCUCGCAGUUUACAAAGAUGAACACCGCUACUUACGUGUUUACUACGACGCCGCCGAAAAGGCAGUAGUUUACGAAUUCGUCAACAACGCCAAGGAUCUCAAAAAGACGGAACAGCGCGCACUGGACAAGGAUGUUGACACCAUCCAAUUCCGCUUUGAGUACACAGAGCAGGAAUAUCGGGUAUAUUACACAGCCGGUAAAGACUGGGAACACAUUGCGACGCUUGACACGCUCGAUAUGACAGGGCCUGACUUUGUCGGUCCCGUUAUCGGUGCGUAUGCCUUGGCGCAGGAGAAUGUCACGGUUGAAGUCGUUGAUCUGCAGGUUGAGUAG